UUUUCACCGCCGAACCAGCUUGAGUGGCUCAUGAAGCGCAGUAGCUUCUGCAGCUGAGAGAGAAGCGGACGAAAGUCUGACCGACACCAACAUCACUGUAUCACAUAGUAUUUAUUUUUUUAUUCAUCUAUGCCUCUAAAGGACCAGUCGAACUCCACCGCCAUGAAACCAGCAGUGGACGAGAUGUUUCCCGAAGGCGCUGGACCCUACGUGGAUCUGGACGAGGCUGGGGGAAGCACAGGACUGCUGAUGGACCUGGCUGCCAAUGAAAAGGCAGUUCACUGUGACUUCUUCAACGAUUUUGAAGAUCUGUUUGAUGACGAUGACAUCCUCUGAAAGAUUAACGUGUCUUCCUUAGGAAUAAUGGAUGAUCUUCACGUUCCAGCUCCUUGCCACUUUUUUUUUUUUUGUGGAAAGCAAACCAGCUAUUAACUGUUUAAUGACAUACAAUUUCCUUUCAUAGUUGUCCUAGUUUCAGGCUUUUUUAAAACAUCUUUAAAAAGCCGUCACCGGCUCCAGAUGUUUGCGGAAUUCUCAAGAUCCCAGGGAUUCCUUCAUAUAUGGUAUGUUAAAAUUAUGAGCCUGUAUCGUGCUCGUGUCUUUGGCUGCUUCUGAACUGGAUUGCAGGUUUCAGUGUGCCGGAGAACACCUGUUAGGAGCGUAAUUAUACAUGUGAUGGGCAGAGGCACCACAUGCCGUCGCCCUUAAACAUGCUGCAGAUGGUAUAUGAUAAGUGAUGGUCUGCUUAAAGUUGUUUAAAUUAUUUGUGUGCCAGCAUGUGAUAGUCACAUAUGUUCUGUGCGUUUGGUUUUAUUACAGUGUCUCCUGUUACGUCAUCAAUUUGUACAUACGUGUACAGCAGUUGUGCAACAACAUUUCUAUUUUUGUGAUGGAAGUGACUCUGGUUGAAACUGAAUAAAGAGCACUUUUUAUGUACAAAGCA